GGUGGCGUUGCCGGCUCAGUCGUUGUGCGGGAGUGGUCGCCGAGGGAUGUGUGCAUCGUAAUCGCGAGUGCGACUGAGGAAUAAAAGGGAGCCGGCGUUUGAGUUUUCGCUCGCGUUUCGCGCACACAGACACACAUCCACUCUCGCUCUUCUUCUCUUUCUCUUGUACGUCUGUUUUUCGCAAAUAUACGUCGUCUGUCGGUUAUACGGAAGUUCUUUCCUCGGCCCGUUCGAGAGCCGGUGCACGGAUCCACGCGGAUCGUGUGCUUCACUUCACUGUAUUAUUGUACAAAGGACUUAUAAAUCAUAGUCGACAAAAUGUCUGUGGAUAAGGAGGAAUUGGUGCAGCGUGCGAAGCUUGCCGAGCAGGCGGAAAGGUACGACGAUAUGGCGUCCGCGAUGAAGGCGGUCACCGAGACGGGAGUCGAGCUGUCAAACGAGGAAAGGAACCUGCUUUCGGUGGCGUACAAGAAUGUCGUAGGGGCGAGACGCAGCUCGUGGCGGGUAAUCUCCUCUAUCGAGCAGAAGACCGAGGGCUCCGAGCGCAAACAGCAGAUGGCCAAGGAAUACCGGGAAAAGGUCGAGAAGGAAUUGCGCGAGAUCUGCUACGACGUAUUGGGACUCUUGGAUAAGUACCUGAUCCCCAAGGCUAGCAAUGCCGAGAGCAAAGUAUUCUACCUCAAGAUGAAGGGUGACUACUAUAGGUAUCUCGCAGAAGUCGCCACUGGCGAGACCAGAAAUACCGUGGUAGACGACAGCCAGAAGGCAUACCAAGACGCGUUCGAAAUCAGCAAGUCAAAGAUGCAGCCCACCCAUCCGAUCAGGCUAGGUCUCGCCCUCAACUUUUCUGUCUUCUAUUACGAGAUCCUCAACUCACCAGACAAGGCCUGUCAGCUGGCCAAACAGGCGUUCGACGACGCGAUCGCGGAGCUGGACACACUUAACGAGGACAGCUACAAAGAUUCCACGCUGAUUAUGCAACUGCUGCGUGAUAACCUCACUCUGUGGACCAGUGAUACGCAGGGCGACGGGGACGAGCCACAAGAGGGCGGCGACAACUAACCUUCCUAAGCUUAAGUCCUUUCUAAACCUAAUAAGAACAUCCUAUUCUCUAUCGUCCCCCCGUCCCCCUGAAGUGCUCACCCAUAUGUCCAUCCACCCGGAUCCAUCCACCCAUGUCCUCUCGUCCCUCGCGCGUACCUCGUUUCCUUCCCUCCUUCUAAUCGCAGGCCUCCCUCUUCCUUAAAUCUCUUUUCGAAAAACAAAUUUAUUCCUUUUUCGCUCCUCUCUUUUUCUCCCCCUUUCUCUCUCUCUUUCUCUUUGUCCUGAUAUGACCGCACAUUGCUGCCGAUGCCAUCGCCACAGCUGCUACGCCCGGUUCGACAAACUCGAACGUAGAGAACACUAUAAUCCAUUUAAACUCGAUCGUGUUCCUUUCGCGAUUGACGCUGAGAAAAAAAAGAUACCUUUUUAAAGACCGUACCUAGAACGCGGAAUUGGAGCUUGGCCGAUAUUCGGAGGGGAUUAGAAAUUGUCGAUUAUGAAGUGCAAGAACUCGCGAAGAGGCGAUCAUCGGCGAGAGGAGAAACGAUCGAGCCUCGUGGAUCAUUUAGUUUUUCUCUGGUACGAAGUUUCUCAGACAAAAACAGAAAACCUUGUUUAUGACCCAUUUGUAUGGAGGAACAGGAAUUGUGGAUGAACAGAGGAAAGGACAGGAGGAGACACACUCACACAAAUAUACAUUUCUCCCUUUCCUCGACAUACCUUGUCUCGUCGAUGCGCGCAUCCCUCGGGUGAUCAUCGGUAACGCACAUUACAGAAGAAAAGCAUGCGCUAGAUUAUUCAGCUUCAUGAGUAGAAAAAGUGAUAUAGUACUAAGAGAUGAAUCACGACGUUUGGACGAGACACGGAAUGCAGAGGACGGACAACAUGCUAUCAUUACUCCCAGAAUCUGUUCGCUACUUACCAUUUAAAGAAACAAGAGUAUAACGUUAGAAAGAAAACACGAAAUACAGGCAAAAAGAAGUAACGCGGAGGUACGAGAAGAAGCGAAGAGAAAAUGAAAAGCACGCAUGAAUCUACUACAUUAUACCCAGUUGUCAUUUAAAUUAAAUUUCACAUUGUCUAGCAAGUACGAAUAUUAUUAUACGAAGGGAAGAACGCAGGAGGAGAAAGGAGAGUAAAAAAAAACAAAUACAUUAAGUUAUUAAGUUCCAAAACGACAUCAGUGGUGACUUGAUUUUCACUCGCUCUCGCUAUUUUUUAAAAAUCUUUUUUAUUCUUUUUUUCUCCUCUCCGCAGCAUAACCACCACAAUCUUCCACACAAUUUGCAAUUUGAUAUCUUCCUACGCAUAGAUUUCUUUCUUUUCCCUUCGUCACAAUCCGAAAAAACUUGGCGGUUAUCUCCACGAAUUUACUGAAGUCCUACAGUCCUUAAAAGUCGAUCCUUUGAUUUUCUUCUUAUCACGUUUGCAAUCCUAUCUGUAAUUUAGACGAACCGAUCAGCGUUGUCGGUAGCGUACAAAUUAUUCUCAUUAAUCGCGCGCAAAAAAAAAAAAAAAAAAAAAAA